AUGAUCGAUUACAGCCGCAAAAAGAACGAUGCCAAUUCAAUGCUCUCAAACGACUCACAUUCGUUGAAAUCAGUGUGGAACAGACUCUCUCAUUUGUUUCAUGCAGCAGAAGAUAGUAAUCGACGACUAUCGACAUCUUCCAAUGAAAGUGAUUUAUCGUCGAGAUCUUCAUGCUCCAUCGAACGACGCACGCACAACCGACGAAGGAAGUUACUGGUGGAAGAUCACAGCAGCAACAGUGGAUCUAGAGCAUCUACGUUGGUUCUCCCGCCCUUCAGUCCAACCUAUUGCAAAGCAAAUGAAUUUCCAUAUUCGAAUUUUUACGUCAAAUUACCAAAUGGAAAAUGGAUGGUACGCUAUAGGUCUGGUAAUCGUGAUAUUCUUGGUACAGAUGAAUUCGAAGGAUACAUGAUAUAA